AUGACCGCAGCACCACCAUCCAUACCCGACUGGCGCACCCUCGCCGCCUCAAAACGCGAAUCUGUGUACGCUAAAAUACCGAAAGAUUGGCGUCUGCCUUCUUCGCAAACAUCUCAGUACACAGAAACGUCCAGUAUAUCUGUGCUAGAUGUACCACGAACAUGCGGCAUCCUGACCGAGAAAGAGCUAGACAUUACUGAAAACUACGAUGCCACUGACCUGGUGAAGAUGAUGGCAGAGGGCCAAUUGACGAGCACAGAAGUGGUAACGGCAUUUUGCAAGAGAGCAGCUGUGGCGCAGCAGUGCGUGAGUUGCCUAACAGAGAUCAUGUUCGAGGAAGCGCUUGCUCGAGCGAGGGAAUGCGAUGAUUUUCUGAAGAAGCAAGGGAGGGUUAUGGGACCGCUGCAUGGACUGCCGAUAAGUCUGAAGGACUCCUUCAACGUAAAAGGCGUUCAAGCAACACUUGGUUACGUCUCUUUCAUCGCGCACCCGCCCGCUGCUUCGAACUCCUCUUUGGUCACUCUCCUGCACUCCCUCGGCGCGGUGUUUUACGUCAAAACCAAUCUCCCUCAGACUAUGAUGACAGCGGAUUCCCACAACAACAUCUUCGGCCGCACGCUAAACCCGCUCAAACUGUCUCACACAGCCGGCGGUUCUACAGGCGGCGAGGGCGCCCUCCUCGCUAUGAAAGGGAGCGUCCUGGGUGUGGCAACCGAUGUAGCAGGUUCAAACCGCAUCCCCGCGAUAUGCUGCGGCGGCUCGUCUCUGAAGCCAACGGCAGGCCGAGUCCCGUUUGCAGGCGGCGUCGCAGUCGGUCGGCUGGGAAGUCCCGGUUCCGUUCCCGUGGUCAUAGGCCCGUGUGGCCGUUCUGUCCGCGACUACGAGCUUUUCAUGCGCAGUGUGGGCGACGCGAAACCGUGGCUUUACGACGAAAACAGCCUCAACGUGCCGUGGCGGCGCGUCCAGCCUUCGCCUCACCCCCUGCGCUUCGGUCUCGUGCGGGGCUGUAAAGAACGACCGCUCCACCCGCCUAUCGCUCGCGCACUGCAUACCACGGCGAUGAAAUUGAAAGCGCAGGGGCAUGAGAUCGUCCUCCUCGACGAGAAAAUACCGGAUCUCUACCAAACCGCCCUGCUAGCAUGGAAGUUCUUCAUGCUGGACCCGAAGAAGACGCCACUGCAAUAUAUCAAAAACGGAGGCGAACCGCCUGUCCCCUCGCUAUCAACAUGCUCGUUCCCCGAGUUGAGAGACUGGGUGCCUAGUCUGGAUGAGCUGUGGGAUUUGAAUGUGCAGAAAGCGGGGGUUGUUAGGAAGUGGCAUGGGGUGAUGGUUGGCGAGGGGGAGAAGGGGUUAGAUGCUGUUCUGAUGCCGGGGUAUCAGGGUGUGGCACCAAAGCAUGAUACGUAUGGUCUUCCGAUUUAUACGGUUGUGGUUAAUUUGCUGAAUUGGCCGAGUGGCGUGUUGGCGGCUGGGAAGGCGGAGAAGGGGGGUGAUGCGGAGUUUGCGAAGGAGGGGGUGAAGUAUGAACCGCCUUAUGAUGCGGAUGAGUGUGAGGGUCUACCUACGCAUGUACAGGUUGUGGGGAAGAGUAUGAUGGACGAGGAGUUGGUGGAGGUUAUGAAGGUUGUGGAGGAUGUGCUGAAGAGGUAG